AUGAUCAUUUCGAUAAAAACUAUCAUCAGACACUCGUCCUCCUCCAGGUUUGGGACAUUGGCGGGCACUCACGCUGCAUUGAUCGUCUAUGAUGUCACGAAUUCGGCCUCGUUCGAAGACGUGAGCGACUGGGUGUCCGCUGUCAAGCGCAUUUCGAAAAACCAGGAAAAGCCGCCACGCCUCGGGCUGGUGGGCAACAAGACGGACCUCGAACAUCGGCGCGUCAUUCGCAUCGACAAACACAAUAAAUUCGCCGACGAGCACGGCAUGGCCAGUUUCUAUGCGUCGGCAAAAACUGGGGACAGUGUCACGCUUAUGUUCAGACAAACCGCUGCCGACCUCGUUGGCGUGGCACUCUCAAAAACGGAUGUCGAAAGCGAUAUCGUCAUUGUCGAAGGGGAGAUCAUCCGCGAGGACCCCGGAGUCCGGAAGCGCCCCAUCGACAAUUCUCGAAACACGGCAGUCUGUUCUAUUCAA